AUGGCAUCGACACUGACGGCUGCCAAGCAGCAGCUCAGGGCUGUCAUGAAGCAGCGCCUCGCUGGCGUGACUCAAGAUUCCGUAUCAUCGCAGAGCAUACGCAUCUUCGACGCCAUCCAGUCCUUCAAGCCAUACCAGGAUGCAGACCGCAUAAGCGUCUAUCUGUCCAUGCCUGCCGCCGAGGUGCAGACUGACGCCAUCGUCCGUCACGCCCUGAGCGCAGGCAAGCAUGUCUUUGUCCCGUACCUCCACAAGUCUUCCCUGCAGGAGACGACACCGGACGCUCCGGCUCGCGUCAUGGACAUGGUCCGUCUCCGUAGCCUCCACGACUACGAGACUCUCCGGAGGGAUCACUGGGGUAUACCCAGCAUCGACCCGGCCACCGUCGACGGCCGGGAGCGUGUUCUCGGCGGCGCACCGGAUGCCACCUCCGUCACCACCACCAUCGACCUGAUGCUCCUACCGGGCGUCGCCUUUGACGUCGACGAGGCCGGACGUGUCCGGAGACUUGGACACGGCAAGGGCUUCUAUGACUUCUUCCUCAACCGCUACCUUGCGAGGCAGGGCAUCCCCGGAGACCAGGACAGCACCCUGCAGCUCUACGCCUUGGGCCUGACGGAGCAGCUCUUGACCCCCGGAUCAGGCCAGGAGAUUCCCGUCGGGCCGCUGGACCGCUGUCUGCACGGCCUUGUUCUGGGGAAUGGAGAGAUACUGGGGAUGGUGCCGAGGUGA